UUAUAAAUGGUUACGUCAACAGAAUUCGAGCACAGGCCUCUCAAGCCAGUGACCCCGAUAUGCUUUUAUUUUACAUUUUUGUGUUGAGGGAUAGAACCUAGAGCUAGAAGGCAAGCACCAAGGUCUCCGUAUCUUGAAUCUCAAGCGAAAGAAAUGGCAACUCUUGCUGAUUCUUUCCUGGCGGACCUCGAUGAGCUAUCUGACAAUGAUGCUGAUGUUAUCGAGGAAGGUGACGUUGAUGCUGGAAACAUGGAGGAAGACAUUGAUGGGGACAUGGCAGACAUUGAAAGUCUUAAUUAUGAUGAUUUGGAUAGUGUCUCUAAAUUGCAGAAAACACAGAGAUACAAUGACAUAAUGCAGAAAGUAGAAGAUGCUCUUGAGAAGGGUUCUGAUAUCUCCAAUCAGGGUUUGGUACUAGAAGAUGACCCUGAAUAUCAGCUUAUUGUGGAUUGCAAUGCCUUAUCAGUUGACAUUGAGAAUGAAAUAAUUAUAAUCCACAAUUUUAUCCGUGACAAGUACCGUUUGAAAUUUCCCGAGCUUGAAUCACUCGUCCACCAUCCUAUUGAUUAUGCACGUGUGGUGAAGAAGAUCGGCAAUGAGAUGGAUUUAACCCUUGUAGACCUGGAAGGACUUUUACCCUCAGCUAUUAUUAUGGUGGUAUCAGUAACAGCAUCAACAACGAGUGGCAAGCCACUUCCAGAGGAAGUCCUUCAAAAGACAAUUGAUGCGUGUGACCGAGCUCUUGCUCUUGAUGCUGCAAAGAAAAAGGUCCUUGAUUUUGUAGAGAGCAGAAUGGGAUACAUUGCACCGAAUCUUUCUGCUAUUGUUGGGAGUGCUGUUGCAGCAAAGCUUAUGGGAACAGCUGGUGGCCUUUCAGCAUUAGCCAAGAUGCCUGCUUGUAAUGUUCAGCUUCUUGGUGCCAAGAAGAAGAACCUGGCAGGGUUUUCCACAGCAACAUCUCAAUUUCGUGUAGGUUAUAUUGAGCAAACAGAGGUAUUUCAGACCACACCACCUGCUCUGAGAAUGCGUGCUUGCCGAUUAUUGGCUGCAAAAUCAACACUGGCAGCUCGGGUAGAUUCUACCAGGGGUGAUCCAUCAGGAAACACUGGAAGAUCCCUUCGGGAAGAGAUUCAUAAGAAAAUAGAAAAGUGGCAGGAGCCUCCUCCUGCAAAGCAACCUAAACCACUUCCAGUUCCUGAUUCUGAACCUAAGAAAAAGAGAGGUGGUCGGCGGCUGAGAAAGAUGAAGGAAAGAUAUGCUUUGACAGACAUGAGGAAGCUUGCCAAUAGGAUGCAAUUUGGUGUGCCUGAAGAGAGCUCUUUAGGUGAUGGACUUGGGGAAGGUUAUGGAAUGCUUGGUCAAGCUGGAAGUGGCAAGCUGCGCGUAUCUGCUGGGCAGAGCAAGCUAGCUGCAAAAGUUGCUAAGAAAUUCAAGGAGAAGAAUUAUGGAAGUAGUGGUGCUACAUCUGGUCUGACAUCAAGUCUGGCAUUUACACCUGUGCAGGGUAUUGAACUCACAAAUCCACAAGCUCAUGCACACCAACUCGGCAGUGGAACCCAGAGUACCUACUUUUCUGAGACUGGAACAUUUUCGAAGAUUAAGAGGACAUAAUUUAUGCAAAAUUCACAUGACCAGUCACACCAACUUGGCAGUGGAACUCAAAAGUUCUUACUUUUCUGAUAUAAGAGCAAAUGAGCCAAAUUAUGCAAAAGCUAUCUUACAUUGCCCAGUUUGUAGUCGCUUCUGUGCCAUAAAUGAUGUGACCAUUAGAUGAACUCGUAAUUUUGUGCAAUAUGGUUUUGGAAUAACAUCUUGGGUUUCUUGAUCACA